GUUCCAGUGGCGGCGGCGCUGUUACGAAGCCAAACAGCGAGCGUCCAGAAGCAAGCCAGGUGUGGAGUCCCUGAGGGCGUGGUCACAGCCCUCCGGUCCACGUGGAUGAGCUGGCGUCGCAUCUGGUGUUUGCAAGGGCGAGCCUCCGAAGCCACUUGGAAGUCGGCAAACGGGCUGCUGCAAGGAGAUCCCACUUCGCCGCGCCGAAUGCACUUGCGGCCGUUCUCCAGCCGAUGGUUUGGCACAUCCGCAGUCACUGGCCGCAGGGCUCAGCUCUACGCACCAGUUGGCGUUGGAGAGCGUUCAGUUAUAGUUUGCCAGUUGGCUCGAAGCGAGGCGGAUGACCCUUCAGGUUGGCAAAUGUUCGUGGGU